AUGCAGCAGCUCCGGCGCGCGCUGUCCAGCGCGUCCCUGCGCGACCAGGGCCCCGACCCGGCCUUCGAUGCGUGCAGCUACUUCGUCGACGACAUCUGCGAGCUAGGCAAGUGGCCACGCCCCCGCGCGGCGCGGCGCGGCGCGCUCAACAUUUCACCACCUCGGAAGGCGAUUUUCUCAAAUGUCGAUGAUGAUCUUGUAUAUUCCGAAGGUUGUCGCAGCCAGCGUACAGGAGAGGGAGGACUUACACACCUUUUGCGUUCUCCCCUUUUCUGGGCUGCAGUGUUUUGGCAUUGCAUUCCACUUGAUGACUGA